AUGUGGGAUUCGUCUACAUUUCUAGGAGCCUUAACGCCAAAAUUUUAUGUGGCUCUGACCGGCACAUCAUCUCUUAUUUCCGGCCUCAUUCUGAUAUUUGAAUGGUGGUAUUUUAGGAAAUAUGGCACUUCGUUCAUAGAGCAGAUGUCGCUUUCGACCGUGUGGGCCGGCUGGGGCUCGUGGGGCGCGACGCGGUCUCCGGAGGGCGGCGAGUGCAAGGUGUGGCGUAACCCCACGGCCCUCCUUCGCGGCGCCGAGUACGCCCGCCUCUGGGCCGCCGCGCGCACCGCGCCCCUCACCUACUACGACAUGAACCUGUCGGCGCAGGACCACCAGGCCUGGCUCGCCGCCGCGCCCGCCUGGGGCGGAGCCGACGAGGCGCUGGCGCGCGCCUGGCGCGAGCGAGAGCCCGCGGCGCGCGUGGCGGCCGCCCGCGCCGCCCUGCGUCUGCGGCCCGACUGCGCCGCCGCGCUGCUGCUGCUCGCCGAGGAGGACGCGCCGACCGUGCUGGAGGCGGAGCGCGUGUUGCGGCGAGCGUGGCGCGCCGGCGAGGCCUCCCUGAGGGCCCUGGCGGUGGCCGGGGCCGGCGGAGCCGCGAGACGAGAGGCGGCGCUGCUCGCGCAUGUGAAGCGGCGCGUCGCCAUGUGCGCGCGACGCCUCGGCCGCCUGAAGGACGCCACGCGACUAUUCCGCGAGCUGUGGCGCGAGGCGGGCGGAGCGCCUCACGCGCUGCAGGUGCGCGACAAUCUGCUCGAGGUGUUGCUCGAGCAAGGCUCGUACGCCGACGCGCAGGCGGUGCUGGCGCGCUGCGAGGACGCCGCGGCGCCGCCGACGGCGACGGCGCUGUACACGGCGGCGUUGCUGCGCGCGCGCACCGGCCCCGAGCCGCCGGCGACGGAGGCGCUGCGACUCGCCGUCGAGUUCAACCCGUACGUGCCCGCGUACCUGCUCGAGAUGCGCUCGCUGACGCUUCCGCCCGAGCACGUGGUGCGGCGCGGCGACAGCGAGGCGCUGGCGUACGCCUUCUGGCACCUGCGGCACUGGCGGCGCGCCGACCCCGCGCUGCGCCUGCUGGCGGCGACGGCGGGCCCCCGGGCUCCGCCGCCGUUGAGCGCGGCGGCCCGGGCGGCGGACCGAGAGCUGCUGCCGCCGCACCACGGCUCGGCCGUCGGAGCCCGCGGAGCCCCGGCGCUGGUGCCCCUGGGGGUGGCGCUCUGCGUGCUCACGACUCUGACGAUAACGCUCGACCCGCGGGGAGUUCUCUCCGCGCUCUAG